AUGCACCUGGCCUUGCAGGAGGGCCCCAUGGAGGUGCUGGAGGCAGGGGCCCUGCAGCAGCAGCAGCAGCAGCAGCAGGUGUUGCUGAAGGGCUGCGGAAGCGGCGCGGGGGGUGCAGGGCGCGUGCACAGCAUCGACGUGAUCCUGGGAUUUAGCAGGGAUCAGGACUCGCUGCUGGGCCCCCUGCAGGUGCCCGGCCUCGCGGCCAGCACAAGCGGCGCGGCCAGCCUGGGGGACGGCAGCAGAGCGGAGCAGCCGCCGGGCUCGCACCCGGAGCAGGCGGCUCUGUACGAAACCAACAUGUUCCUAAAUAAAUGUGAGGGAGAGCUGAGUGAGCUGCGGAAGAGCGUGGACAGCGAGGGCACCACGCCGGAGAACACAGAGGAGGAGCAGCCCAAGAAGAAACAUCGCAGGAACCGCACAACCUUCACCACCUACCAGCUGCACGAGCUGGAGAGGGCCUUUGAGAAGUCCCACUACCCAGACGUCUACAGCCGGGAGGAGCUGGCCAUGAAAGUCAAUCUGCCGGAAGUCAGAGUGCAGGUGUGGUUUCAGAACAGACGCGCCAAGUGGAGGCGGCAAGAGAAAAUGGAAGCCAGUUCGAUGAAGCUCCAUGACACCCCCAUGUUGUCCUUCAACAGGCCCCCAAUGACCGCCAAUGUCGGGCCCAUGAGCAACUCCUUGCCUCUGGACCCUUGGCUGACUUCCCCCAUCUCCAACGCUACCACAGUCCACAGCAUCCCAGGUUUCAUGGGGCCCACCCAAGCCCUGCAGCCUGCCUACGCCGGCCACUCCUUCCUCAACACUGCGCCUCCCAUGGCUCAGCCCAUGCAGCCCAUGGCACCCACGCCGUACCAGUGCGCCACCCCCUUUGUGGACAAGUACCCUCUGGAAGACGUCGACCAGAGGAGCUCCAGCAUCGCAUCCCUACGGAUGAAAGCCAAGGAGCAUAUUCAGACCAUUGAUAAAACCUGGCAGCCUAUUUGAUUAAUGAUGCCCCCUCCCUACCCUCCUGCAAUUUUCCAAUCUCCUGCUCCCAUCAGGCUGGCUACUCUGCAUCCUGGGUUGCUCAGAACAGAUGUUGGAUGUUGGUGUUUCCCUAGGGAGACUGCCAGGCCUCCCCAUGCAGAACCCUGUCUGGCUGCUACCAAACUUCCCAAGCCAGAGCUCAGCGCAGCGAGGCAGGGCAGGAAUCCUCCCCGACACCUACGUGUUAGAAAGGUCUCAGGGUUGAACUGAUUGGCAUCAUGAGCAAGGAAGCAGAAGUGGACACUAGUGAAUAGGUGACGUGGCCGAGACCUUGCGUAAAGGAGACGAGUUUCCAAGAGCAACUACUGAGACCGUCAGAGCCAGCCCAGCUCCGCAGAACCAAAGGGACAGUUCAAUGUGUGGUUUGUGUUUCCUUUGUUUUGUUUUCAACCACAGAGAGCCAGAUCCGCAGCUGGUGGCAAUCACUGGUGCUACGGCAAUUUGCACCAGGUGAGGGACUGGCCCUGGUUCAUCUUUCCCUAGGCAAGGCACCCUUCCAGAAUAUCCCUGCAGGGUCGGCACAUGGCAGAGGUGAGAGCAGGCAGGGGCAGCUCUCUGGCCUGUCAGACACGUCAGACUAGGUGAUCGCCAUGGUCCCGCCUUAGCAUCUGUGAGACUCCGCGCCUCCAGAGCCCUGUCUCUCACUCCUGGAGUGGGGCGAACACCCACCCCCCACCCCGAACCUGUGGCUGGCACAACCAAUUGGCCAGGUCCCCUGCACUUACACCUGGACUCUUGCAUAAACCUCUUGUCAGUUCAAGCCCACUGUCCUCCAGCAGCCUGUAGCGACCUUCCCUGGACUUGAGGAAUCAUCUCGGGGUUCUCUUCCUUCAGCCCUUUGUCUUUAUUGUUAU